GCGGAAUUUGCUUAAGUAGUACCUGAUCGUCGCGGUCUGGCCCUGUCCCUCAUUAUGGACUUUAUCGUUGCAUGCUGCCCGUCACUGUUCCUCACCUCCUACGGAGUACCCAUCUCACAAUGGGUGCUGCGAAGGCAUCGCGCCUACACUGGACAAUUCCCCCUACCUUCCUGAUCGCCCUGGGCGGCGGGGUGCUUUAUGUCGCUGGCGGCCGAUCCCUCUCAAAUAAGCAACUCCUGCUGCACGCGGAACCGAAAUCACUUUUCUCUACGAGCUCUUUCGUCUUCUCGGACAAGGACUCAAAAAAGACCUCGUCACUCAGCGAUUACCUGCCUGGACAUGGCUCGAAACAAGAUACGCAUCAUAGUGAUGCAGGGUCGAUUUGGACCAACAUCAUGGGAAAGUUUGAGGGCGUCAAGCUCUCAGUCGGCACUCCGGAUUGGAUAGAGUUAGAGAAUCUGAAAAACUACAUUAUCCCCGAUUGGACCCGUUUGCUGCCUGCAUCGGUACAGAAACUCCAACGGGAGCUAUCAAUGGCCCCUGGCUCACUUGCCGACGAGAUCUGGAAGGAAGCACACGAUCCAGACAUCAACCCUGAAAUCUUACGAAAAGCGAGAGUCCGGGUCGGUGAUACUCUGUGUGAUGAGGAAUUGGCGUACAGAGAGAGACGCCGGAAAUAUGCCGUUACAGCCCUUGCGUCCUAUCUCAAUAUCGACGCAGAGGACAUUCAUCCCGACGAUGUCCCAGUCAUAGCUAUGUGUGGCUCAGGGGGAGGUCUCCGUGCCCUAGUGGCCGGCACGGGCUCGUAUCUUGCUGCUCAGGAAGCCGGGCUUUGGGAUUGCGUGACUUACACUGCUGGAGUAAGUGGAAGCUGCUGGCUACAGACAUUGUACCAUUCGUCCAUUACAGGGCGUAAUUUCAACAAACAGGUUGACCACCUGAAAAAUCGGUUGGGAAUUCACUUGGCAUUUCCUCCCGCUGCUCUCAAGCUGCUCACCACCGCACCCACCAAUAAAUAUCUUCUGAGCGGAUUGGUCGAGAAGCUCAAGGGUGACCCCGGUGCCGACUUCGGCCUGGUCGAUAUAUACGGCAUGCUAUUGGCUGCAAGACUCUUAGUACCGAAGGGCGAGCUGGGCGUCUGUGAUCGUGACCUCAAAUUGUCCAAUCAAAGGUACAAUCUCACCAAUGGGGCCCAUCCACUUCCUAUCUACACUGCUGUUCGCCAUGAAAUCCCCACGGUUGAUAUCCACGAUGAGAAUGGGAAACUCUCCAAGGCCGAAGACCUCAUCCAAGAAUCAAAAAAGGAAGCCUGGUUCCAAUGGUUCGAAUUCACGCCAUACGAGUUCUUCUGCGAGGAACUCGGUGCAGGUAUACCCACUUGGGCACUGGGCAGACACUUCUACAAUGGAGCCAAUGUCAAGCGCGAACAGAUCUCGCCCAUCCCUGAACUCCGUGUUCCAGGCUUGAUGGGGAUCUGGGGUAGCGCAUUCUGUGCUACGCUGUCCCACUACUACAAAGAGAUAAGACCCGUCGUGAGGGGCAUUACUGGAUUCGGCGGCAUUGAUUCCUUGAUCCAGGGCAAGACGAAAGACCUCAUCCGUGUUCACCCCAUUGACCCAGCCGCGAUUCCGAACUAUGUCCUAGGAAUGAAGGACCAGCUGCCCGCUUCAUGCCCCGAUUCGAUCUUUCAGAGCAAGCACCUGCGUCUCAUGGAUGCAGGUAUGAGCAACAACCUUCCCAUCUACCCGCUACUCAGGCCCGGCCGAGACGUUGAUGUGAUCAUCGCCUUCGACGCCUCCGCCGAUAUCAAGCGUGAGAACUGGCUCUCCGUCGUGGACGGCUACGCCCGUCAACGAGGCAUCAAGGGCUGGCCGAUUGGGGCCGGCUGGCCCCGCGAAAGUGAAGAGCCCAAGAUCACCGAGGAGACGCUCCGCGAGCCGCAAGAAAUUUCCGAAAAUGAGAUCAACAAGAGGAUGGCCGAAGCCAAAGACAAGAGCCGUCAGCCGUCUUCUUCUUCUCCCUCUGGUUCUCCUUCCAUGUCGGACAGAAUCCAAUCAGGGCUCGCGCAGAGCGCCGAUUCCACCGCCGACCCAGCAGCUGCCAACAACCAAGACACCCCUACAACCACCACCCCAACCACCACGGACCUCGACUACUGCAACGUCUGGGUCGGCACGAAGCAGGAACUGUUAUCGGACCACGAGCCCCCACCAUCCAAACGGCUCUUCCAGCCGGGCCACCCGGACAGCGACCACUCCGAAUCCGACUUCCACCUCAUGCGGCCCGAUGCAGGCAUCGCCGUCGUCUACUUCCCCCUCCUCCACAACCCCUCCGCCCCGCGCCUCCCCGCUUCCUCCUCGCUGAACCCCUCGCGCACCCCGGCCCGCGAGUCCACCAACACCACAUCCGCCACCGAGGUCUCCGACCCCACCAAACCCUUGACCCCGUACCCGGGCUCCAUUAACCCGGAAGUCGAUGACUUCCUCUCUACCUGGAACUUCGUCUACACGCCCGAACAGAUCGACUCCGUCGUCGGCCUCGCCAAGGCCAAUUUCGCCGAGGGCGAGGACCAGGUCAAACGCGUCGUCCGCGCGGUGUACGAGCGCAAGAAGUCGGACAGGCUUCGGCGGGAGGAGCAGGAGCACCGACAGCGCAUGGCUGGCUUUGUUCCGAUCUAAACUUGCUGCGUCUAAUAUAUUGGUUAAAGCGCUCGCGGCAUGGUUGGUCCACGAAGACCAUUUACAGGGUGAGUUGGAAUCGGAGUUAAUGUGCGCAGACGUUGAAUGACUGUUGCAUGUAGUGAAGGCAUAUGGUUCUACUAAACAUCAGUCAUCUUGACAUAUUUUUUAUUCUGGAAAAGAUACCUGUUAGUAGCUUAAGUGUACAUAAG